AUGCAAUUGAAGGUGGAUGCAUCAGCUGUGACCACGACUCAACCUGUGAAAGUAGUUGUUCCUGCAGUUAAGUGCUCCAACAAACCAUUUCGCAGAGAGAAAAAGAUAGAGAUCAUUAAGACACAGCAAUGUGGAUGGGGCGCUAUUGCGCUGGAAACCAUUGGGAAAGAUGAUUUUGUGAUAGAGUUUGUUGGAGAAGUUAUAGAUGAUGCAAUGUGUGAAGAUAGGCUUCUGGAUAUGAGACAGCGCAGAGAUCAGAAUUUCUACAUGUGUAAAGUCGGCAAGGACUUUGUAAUUGAUGCAACUUUCAAAGGAAAUGCUUGUCGCUUUUUUAACCACAGUUGCCAACCUAACUGUCGGCUGGAGAAAUGGCAAGUUGACGGCAAGACAAGAUUAGGCGUGUUUGCUUCACAGACUAUUAAAGUAGGAAUGCCCUUGACUUACAACUACAGGUAUCAUAAGAGGGAGAAUCCACUGUCAUUAGUAGUUUACCUGGAACAUAUAUGCCUAGAGCCUGUGGUCAUAUUCCGGAACCUUUGUCCAUCUGCUGAUGUAGUUAUGGAUCCUUACUGCUACUCUACGGCAUUUCUUGCCUUCCAAUUAUACCGACUUGUUGAUUAG